GUGGGGCUGGGCGCGGUGAGAGUUCCCGGGACUCUGAGGCAGAGGAGGUCGCCGGGCCGGGGCGGAGCGGAGGCGGCCUGCGGGUGGGCGGCGGGCGCCUCACUGCAGGGCGCGGGGCUGGGAAAGCCUUUGGUUGACGAGGUGCCGCGUUCCUGGGACGACGACGGGAACUUAGGAGCGGUGUGGACGCUGCAUCUCCCGUGGGCGACGCGGUCGUGGGAGUGGGGAGACGCUAGGAAGCACGCCUGCGCGUCUGGAGACGGCCCUGCUGGUGACGACGGGACGCGAACAGCUGCCGCCUGCACGAACGCCGUACGGCAGCAGCUGGUAACCUUUGAGCGGGUUGGUGCCUGUCAGUGACCCAGGCCCCGCGUGUGCAGGGGGCGACUCGGCGCCCCGUGGACCGGGGAGACGGAGGUGCAGAUAAGUGAGCUGACUUGACCCCGGGUAGAGCGUCCAGGGCUGGAAGAAAAGUCUGGCUGCAGAGCCGGGGCUCGCAGGUGUUGAGCUGUAUCGCUCUUCACUUUGUAGAUGAGGUGAUGUUCUAAUCAUGUCAGAGAAAGAUGAUACUGAGAGUCCAGGAAUAAUGGAAACAACCCCCACCUUUAAAGAUGGAAACUGUGAGCCAGACAAAAAUUCUGAUGCUGUUGACCGAAGUGCUGAGCCAGAGAGUAAAUCAGAAUCUGUGGCAUCCACUCGGAAAAGACCAGAGGUUAAACCUUCCAGUGACCUUGAAACUUCCAAAGUUCAGGAGACUGUUUCUAAAGAUGUAACCCAUGCCGGAUGGGGAUACUGGGGAAGCUGGAGCAAGUCUUUGCUCUCCUCAGCCUCAGCUACAGUGGCUACAGUAGGACAAGGUAUUUCAAACAUCAUUGAGAAAGCAGAGACUUCGCUUGGGAUCCCUAGUCCCAGUGAAAUUUCCUCUGAAAUCAAGUGUGCUGCAGGAGAGACAAAUGCCAGAGAGAAUGAAAACUCCUUGGUGGCUGGGCCAUUUGGUGUAUUCUCAACCAUUUCUACUGCUGUUCAGAGCACAGGAAAGAGCGUUAUCUCUGGGGGUUUGGACGCCUUAGAAUUCAUUGGGAAAAAGACAAUGGAUGUAAUAGCAGAAGGGGAUCCUGGCUUUAAAAGAACUAAGGGGCUGAUGAGCCAAAAUUCUACACUAUCUCAGGUUUUACGAGAGGCGAAGGAGAAAGAAGAGCUAUGGACCUCCAAUGUGGUUACCAUGGAAACUGACAAAAAACCUCACUAUGGGCUACUCUUUGAUGAAUUUCAAGGCCUUUCACAUCUAGAAGCUCUAGAGAUGCUUUCUCGAGAAAGUGAAAUAAAGGUGAAGUCUGUCCUUAAUUCUCUGAGUGGAGAAGAAUUAGAGACCCUAAAAGUUGAAUUAGAGCAACUCAAAGAAGCAUUUUCCCUAGCAGAGUUUUGUGACGAAGAGGAAGAAGAGAAAGGAGGGGAUGAAGAUUUUACCAAAGAGAUAUCAGAGCUGUUUUCCCAGCUGCACGUCUCUUCCAAACCAGAGAAACUUGCCAGGACAAGAAAUACUGCUUAUGAAUGGGUCAAAGCAAUUCCGACAAACACAGUAGCAGAGAAGAAGGAAGGAGAAAAACAGCCGGAGGCGGAAACUGCUGAGGAAGUCUGUAAAAAUUCAAUAGAGGAUAUCCAUGCAUUUGCAAUCCGGACCCUAGCUGAAUUCACUGCCUGCUCCAUUGAACUGUUUCACAAAACGGCAGCAUUGGUUCUCCACGGCCAGAAGCAGGAUAUAACAGCCAUAGAAAGGAGCCAGACUCUGUCUCAGGUGACGAUUGUGUUGUGUAAAGAGUUGUCCUCUCUAUCUAAAGAGUUCACCACCUGUCUGACAAUUGCUGGGGUCAAAGAAAAGGCAGACACCCUUAACCCAUUAAUCACUGCAAUAUUUUUAGAGGCAUCAAACAGUGCUUCCUAUGUCCAAGAUGCCUUUCAGCUCCUCCUGCCCGUGUUGGAGAUCUCCCUCAUUGAGAACAAGACUCAGUCACCUGCACAUGAACUACGAGUCCAGCAGCCUUUGUCAGAACAUUGAAGGACAGAGAUUUCACCUGGGAUUUAUGGUGGCCAAGAGAUGGCCAUUUAGAAAGGCAGGAUGACAGGUUUAAAGUACAAGUUUAUUUCUUCACUUGGCUGAAGUAUUCACAUGCUCAUAUAAUUCUUCCCAGUUGUUAUAGUUAAUAAAUUAUUUAGAAAUAGAUAUUUGUGGAAAGUCCCAGAAUAGUAGCUUCAACAAAGACUAGUGGGGCCCUCAGGCAAGCAUAUUUGUCUUUGAUAUAUUGCAGAACACGCAUAAUUUUGUUAUGGAUAUAAUUUACAGCUAAUGGGUAAAACUGGUUGUUAAGCAAGUGAAGAACAACUUAAUUCAGUGUUCUAAACUUUCACAACAUGCUUGGUUUAUUAAAGUCAUGUAUGUGCUUCUUUCUAGAGUAAAGUCUAUGGCUUUAUGGAAACGGAGCAUAUAUAAACUCUGAAGUGAUUACCUAUUAUAUGUGAAUUUUUGGAAAUGCUCAAGAAAUUUUGUCCUGUCUUUAACUGUGAGUAGGUAUUUGGAUUGAGGAGAACAUUCCAGAAUAUUAUGCUUGUAGCCACAUGACCUAUAUAGCAAAGCUCCCUUGGCUUCAGAUAACUCCCACCCCGGGAUGACAAGCUUCAGGUUGUAGCCAGCUCUUACUCACCUGGACUCAAGGCCAUUAAAUGUGAUUUAGAGAAAUAGUUUCACGUUUGUAGAUAUUCCAAGUCGCUUCAGGUUGCUUUUGUUGUUGUUUGCAAAGCCCAUAUGCAGGAUAAAUUCUUUGAUAGCGAAUUCAAGAGGAGUGCUGAAGUCCUUUUAUUCAUGGGCUUUUAUUAUUUGAGUAUUAUUGAAGCCAAUCAUACACUUAUAGAAAUGAUGUUUAUUUAUAACAGGAUUUAACCUCUGAAAUACCUUUUUUUUCCUUGUUCUUUUUUGUUUUAGUGUAUUAUUUAACAUGCUUUUAAAACCACCUCUUAGAAACCUCCAGAUCUUAAGCUUUUCAUGUUCUCUUCAAUAACUAAAAGCUAUUUUGGUGUUCACUAUUU